CCCCGGAUGUUGCGUCACGCUGGAGCCGCGGCGGCUGCCUGCGAGCGGGGAGCGGAGCGGACGGAGCCAACAUGGCGGUGCCGAGCCUGGGGCGGCCGUGAGGGGCAGGCCGCGGCGCCCUCAGCCCGGGCAGCCCCGCAGUGCCAGCGGGGCCCGCACAGCGCAGCGGCGGCCGAGCCGGCGGGCAUGGCGGGGGCGGCGUAAGGGAGGCCUCGGUGGUCCCUGUGGGUGAGGGGCCGGGCCCAGGCUAUCCCCCCCCCCCCCCCCCCCCCCCGCCACCUCAGCGCGGCCCGGUACCGGGCAGGGGCAGCACAGGAGCAGGCCUCGGGCGCUCGGGGGAUGGGGGCCUAGGGGGGCCCGCAGUGCCGUGCGCGGGGCCGAGCCGCUCCUCGUGGAGCCCCCUGCUCGGGCCGGCGGCCCCUCGCCGCCCUCCCCGCCCCUGCCGGCCCCGGGGCCGUGCAGGGCAGGACGGGGCCGGCCCCCAGCGGCGGCUGCCGGACUUUGGACCGGGAGGCUGCGAAGAGCCGGGCGCCCCCCCGGCUGCGGGGGGCCGGGGCCGCUGCGGCAUGGGCCGGUAGCGUGGGGAGCAGAGCCGAGCGGGGCCUUCGCUGCCUUCGGGCAGCCCUGUCGGCUGAUCCCGCGCUGUAUUUUUCGGGAGCUUGAAGUUUAACAGCUGGGAGAGCCCAAUUUUUAUUUUUCAGUGUUCAACAGGGACGCAGGGCACCGCGGAGGCCGCGACGAGCCUGGCUUCUUGAGCAGGCUCCCCCGGGAGAUACCCUAGUCCUAGGGAGCUGGUGGGGAGGAGACGAGCGCUGUCAUUGUGAGUGAAGGCGAAGGUAUGGGCUGAAUUCUCAGAGAGUAACCCAGUUCAGAUGACCUUCUCUUGGCUUUUUUUAUUAAGGUUUAUCACUUAACCCGGUCCCGUUUCUGGAGGAGGUGCUACACUAAAAAGGCCAAUCGAGGUUUAAUGUGUUCUGAGCACCCUGCCUGCUGCCUGGGUUUGUGAGGGCGGCGUUCAGUCCAGCUGGGAAGAAGGGAACAGGGGAGUUAGUUCUUCAGGAAUGGUAUUUUUAAAAAGAGAAUGACCUAGGGAGUGCAGGGUGAGUUCUGGACUUUACUUUUCCUCCUCCCUGUGUCAAUAAAUUAUUGAGUAGGGGGGGAAAAAAAAAAAAAGGGUUUUUUUGGGGAAAAAAAUUAGGUGGCUUCUGGCAAGUCGACCAGCUUUAACACUGACCACCGAUACCCGACGCUGGAAGUUUGGCUUCCGUGCUACAAGAGCCAUACGUGACACUCUGUAGGAGCUUCCGCGGUUUUAUUGGGUAGUUUAUUUAAAAAGUCAAGGAGAAAAGGGGAUAGAAGAUUUAAAAACACUCUCUUGGCUGCUGUUCAAAUCCUGGAUAUAAGCAAGACCAGAAGAGCUCCUCGCUAAGCUGGGUGUGCGGCUCCGUGUGGCUCCCAGUGAAGAAACGAAGGUGUCGGUGCCGCUGAAGGAGAGCCGGGCGAUGGCAGAGCUACAAGGAACUUCCCCAGGGGGGGCCGUAACCGGGCAAGAAACCUGCUGAGGCGAGGAGGGUGAGCCCCGAGUCAGCUGCUGAAGCCAGUCUGACAAGGCUCGCUCGUCUCCGACUUUGAAGCUGAACAGGGUUGCAGCGCUGAGAGGAGGCACCGGCUCGGCACGUGCCGGCAGCGGUGGAAGAUGGCCACCUUCAAACGGAGCCGAGCGCAAGCCUGGCCAGAGGAACGGGGCGACCGGGAGCACGGGCUGUACAGCUUGCACCGCAUGUUCGACAUCGUGGGCACCCACCUGACCCACCGGGAUGUGCGGGUGCUCUCCUUCCUCUUCGUGGACGUGAUUGAUGAUUAUGAGAGGGGGAUGAUCCGCAGCGGCCGGGACUUCUUGCUGGCGCUGGAGCGGCAGGGCCGCUGCGAUGAGACCAACUUCCGACAGGUGCUGCAGUUGCUGCGGAUCAUCACUCGCCACGACCUGCUGCCGUACGUCACCCUCAAGAGGCGACGGGCUGUGUGUCCAGAUCUGGUGGACAAGUACCUGGAGGAGACAUCCAUUCGCUACGUGACGCCCCGGGCUCACAGCGAGGUGGAACACGGGCUCGGCCACCCCCAUAAAUCAGUGCCUCCCCACCACCCCGUGGUCUGCUGCUCCUCCGCGGGACCCCAGAUCUGUACCAAGAGGCCCGGCCGCAGCAGGACCCUCCUCAGCAGCCAGCGCAAGAGGAGGAAGUCGGCGACGCCGGACCCGAAGGAGAAGCAGACCUGUGGUAAGAGCCUCUGGGGGGGGGGGGGUGCCUGGGGGGGUCCUGGCCCCUCACCGGAGCACUCACCGCCCUCCCUGCUUCCCUCAGACAUCCGCCUGCGAGUCCGAGCCGAGUACUGCCAGCACGAGACAGCGCUUCAGGGCAACGUCUUCUCCAACAAGCAGGACCCCUUGGAGCGUCAGUUCGAGCGCUUCAACCAGGCCAACACCAUCCUGAAGUCCCGGGACCUGGGCUCCAUCAUCUGUGACAUAAAAUUCUCAGAGCUCACCUACCUCGACGCGUUCUGGCGCGAUUACAUCAACGGCUCUUUGCUGGAAGCCCUCAAGGGCGUCUUCAUCACGGACUCACUCAAACAAGCCGUGGGCCACGAAGCCAUUAAACUGCUGGUCAAUGUGGACGAGGAGGAUUACGAGGUCGGGCGCCAGAAACUCCUGAGGAACUUGAUGCUGCAGACGGCUCCCUGAUGCCUGACGGCUGCUCGGUGGGAUCCAAGCUUUCACCUUCUCCUUAUGUUUUUUCUUUUUUUUUUUUUCUAAAAGAAAAGGAAAAGAUGAUUGAAACCCCCGCCCGGUACUACGUAACUCUGGGUUCGGAGCCGGGCUGGAGCCGCGGGGAGCACCGGAGGCUUACGUGAUUCCUCACCCCUAUCCUGUCCUGUCACCUCCUCUCUUGCUUUGUUUUCCUUUUUUUCCUCUUUUAUUUUAUAUCCAUUAAAAACAGAAAAAGGCAAAAAUCCCGCCUGGGGCACCUCCGUGAUGGGGCUGGGUGAGCUGGGGGCGCUUGGCAGAGGUUUGUACCAGAGUGGGCUUGGCCCCGUGGUGCCUGUGUGAGGGCGGCUUUGCCCCCCUCCUGCCCCUGUGUCACUGUCUGGGGGGGGGGGGGUCUCAGCAUGCCCAGGGAUGCCCCUUGGGCAGUGUCCCCCCCAUUUCUCCCUCAAGUAAUGUCCCCCUUGCCUCAGCGGGUUUCUCAGGAGUAAAACCACCCCAGUGGCAUCCCCUGGACCAUGUGCCUUCGUGUGCCCCUCCCCUGCAGGGGCCGGGGGGGAGGACCAGCGCCGAGGGAUGCCCCGAAAUCUGUUGUUGGUUGUCGGUUCCCGCCGCAGCUGCCUGGCUCUGUCCCUCCCCUCUCCAGUUGGCAACUGGGAUAAACUGGGAUAAGGGGGCAGGUUGGGGCAUCCUGAUCUGCCUGUUGCUGGCAGCAGGCAGCCCAGCCUCUGCCUGCACAUGCUGAAGGGUGGCCAGCAGCGUGUGGUCUUUGGUGGCCACCUGCCCUGCGCCCUGGCUCCCUGUCCCGGGGGAGCCCCCAAAAUGGCUGUUCACCCCCCCGCAAACUGCUGCCUGUGGCUCCCCAGUGUGUGUGGGGGGUGUGGAUGGUUUGGUUUUGUUGGUUUGUUUUUUUCUAGCUCCAUCCUGGUUUUGUGGUUUUUCUCCCUGUCCCUGCUCAGCUGCUGGGGGGUGCAGACCCCUCCCAGGGUGUGGGGCAGCCCCCCAGGACUCAUGGUGUGUGUGGCCCCUCCCUGGGGCACACAGCCCCCCCCACCCCUCUGCUUACGGAUGAUUCUGGCACAACUUGGUGUAAUUUCUGUGACUUCUGUAUUUUUUAAACUUCAAUAUAACGGUCAUAUUCCCUGUGUAGCUUUCGGGUUUCUUGAAAUAAACAUCUACCACAGCA